ACAGUCCUCGUAAACACAUAUCAUUCGCUAAUUAAGUCGAAUUGCCGAUAUAUUACGCUUUCUUACUUUUUUUCUUCUCUUCAUUUACCGUCGAGUCGUCUGAUGGUGGCUGUGACUCUUCUUUUUGCGUUUCUGUUGGAGACUCUGCAUUGUCAGACAUCUUCAGGUGACCAGUUUGGGUUACUUAUGGUUCCCACCCACCCACGCUAGCAAAGCGAUUGGCGGCAAAGCCCGACUGCUAUUGGCUCGAAGAAACAUCAAUCUCUAAAACACGUAAUCCUAUUGGUCAAUGCCAAUCUGGAAAUGCUGUUGAACGUGUGUGUCCUUCUCGCUGCAUGCUAGGAGGCGUCACAUGGGACAAAGUACUUUAACCUGAUAGUUGAUUAUUCUACAGGCCUGUUGAACCAGUCACCCACUUCACCUCCUCAUAAUCACACCAUCCAAGCAACAGCAUGGCAAACAUUGGCAGACUCUCCAGUAAGGAUGCAGUGCUGUUCCUGUGUGACAUGCAGGAGAAGUUCAGACCCAACAUCUUCCAGUUCACCAACAUCGUCAGCAAUGCAGCCAGAGUGCUGCAGGCUAGUCGUGUUCUGGGCAUCCCCCCCAUUUUGACAGAGCAGUACCCUAAAGGUUUGGGUCCCACAGUACCAGAGCUUGGAGCAGCGGAUCUGAAAGCUCAUGCUAAAACUUCAUUCACCAUGAUGAUAGAGGACGUGGAGAAGGAGCUGCAAGCCCUGGGGAACCCCAAACAGGCUAUACUGUGUGGCAUAGAGGCACACGCCUGUAUUGCAUGCACAACAUUUGACCUGCUUGAAAAGGGAAUGGAGGUUCAUAUUGUGGCUGAUGCUGUGUCAUCCAGAAGCCAGACGGACCGUCUGUUUGCUCUGUCAAGACUGAAGCAGAGUGGAGCUUUCCUCACCACCACAGAGGCUGUUCUGCUGCAGCUGGUUCAAGACGCCAAACACCCCAACUUCAAGGAGAUCCAGAAGCUUUUGGCCCACCCAUCCCCUGACACUGGCCUCCUCGCCUUCUUCAGCGCUUUGUAGGGAGAUCAUCAGCCGUCACUCUGUUCCACAGAAUUUCACUGGUUCAAACAUCCUGAUAAAGUCUUUCAAUAAAGUGAUGCUGCUACUUUAAAUUUG